UUGUUAGGAAAUUUGUACGUCGUCUGUUGAUUUCAAUCCUAAUUCAUAAAGUUAGUUAAACUUAACUUAAUUCUUAAUUUAACAUCAUUUUAGUGUUAUUGUAUAGAAGUGUUGUGUUGUCAGUUGUCAUAUUAAGUAUAAUAGUAGUAUUUUUAACUCUAAAAACAUCACAAAAGUACACCAAACGAACACCAAGAACCGAUGUUAUCUGUGCCUAAGUGAGAUUGAGUUGGUCAAGUUGACUGCAUAACCGGACAAGCUCUUGUUCCAAAAUGAUGGAUGGUUUGGAAGAUGAAAACGAGAUCAUGAAUGGCGACAACAGAAAGCCGGGUCGGUCAGAGACAGUCGACCUUACAGAUAACUCUCUUCUUGUCGACAUAUCUGAUGCUCUCAGCGAGAAGGAUAAAGUCAAAUUCACUGUUCAUACAAAGACAACUUUACCUGAGUUUCAAAAAACUGAGUUCAACGUAGUUAGACAGCAUGAAGAAUUUGUGUGGCUUCAUGACCGCUUUGAGGAGAAUGAAGACUACGCCGGAUAUAUUAUUCCUCCUGCACCUCCGAGGCCAGAUUUUGAUGCCUCUCGAGAGAAACUUCAAAAACUAGGAGAAGGAGAAGGCACAAUGACAAAAGAAGAAUUCAAUAAAAUGAAACAAGAACUAGAAGCAGAGUACCUAGCCACUUUCAAAAAGACUGUUGCGAUGCACGAAGUGUUCCUGUGUCGAUUAGCUCAUCAUCCUGUAUUUCGUCUGGACCACAACUUUAGGGUGUUUUUAGAAUACGACCAAGAUUUGUGUGUCAGAUCGAAAAACAAAAUGGAAGUUUUAGGGGGUUUUGUUAGAUCGUUUUCUAAGACGUCUGACGAACUACUUUUAUCAGCAACAGUGAAAGAUGUAAACGAUUUCUUUGAACAAGAAAAAAAUUUUCUCAUAGAGUAUUACACCCACUUAAAAGAUGCUACAAGUAAAGCAGACAAGAUGACAAAAAGGCAUAAAGAUGUUGCAGACUCGUUCAUCAAGUUAUCCUCCGGCCUGGUACAGUUGGCCACCACUGACCACCGAGACUUGGAGAAGUUCCUCACCAAAGUAGCCGAAACUUUUGAAAAAUCAAGAAAGAUAGAGGGCAGAGUUGCAUCAGAUGAGGACCUGAAGUUGUCUGACACGCUGAGGUAUUAUAUGCGAGACUCUUUUGCCGCCAAACGCCUGUUAUACCGUCGUCUGCGCUGUCUUGCAAACUACGAGGCAGCCAAUCGUAACCUAGAGAAGGCGAGGGCGAAGAACAAGGACAUUCAUGCUGCACAGGAGGUUGCUGAUGCUGAAAAAGCACAACAAGAAGCCUGUGAAAAGUUUGAGCAGAUGUCUGACAAGGGGAAAGAAGAAUUAGUUGACUUCAAAUCUAGAAGAGUUGCGGCAUUUAGAAAAAACCUCGUUGAUUUAGCAGAGCUGGAAAUCAAACAUGCAAAGGCGCAGGUUCAAUUGUACAAGAAUUGUUUAGCUUCGCUGCGGGAGGAUGAGUGACCAGUGCUGCCCAUUCCUGUUGUCACCAGCUCAUUCCUUCACUAGCACCCGCCCCCCCCCCUCCUCACUUCUCCACCGUCUCCCCUUCAAGACAUCAGCUGACUUGGACACAUGUUUCAGGCUCUUGAAUAACAAAGUGUUGAAUUUUUUUUGUAUGCUGUUUCUUUAACAUUGUCAUAAAGGUUUUGCAUUAUGAAGCAUUCAUACACUAGGCCUGUGUUUAAAACACACUUACAUUGCUUCCAUCAGUGAUUUACUAAAAAAGAAGAAAUAAGAAGAGAGAAGUGCGUUGUGAAAAUAUUCCUACUACAAUCACAUGUUACUGCAGAAUUUACAAAAUCAAAGUUAAGAAGGAAUUCAGAAAAGUACAAGUCAUUGUAAGACAUGGAGAAAAGUACAUGGUGCUCGUUCAAUUGGUCUACAAAGUUCAGCUGGUUUUUGUAUAUUGAGUGAAUAUAAAUUUCAUAUUUUAUUUGGAACAUUGCCGAAUGUUGGGAGGAUUUUUGAAGCUGCUAAAUAUUAAUAAUAGAUAUUGUAUUCAUUUUCAUAUUAUUAAUUUAGGUUUUUUGUGUUUUACCGUUUUCUUAUCAUAGUUAACUCUAAUAAUUAUCUAUCAUUAUGAUAAUAUACUCAUUAUAUUCUUUUAGCAACUUCAAAAUACUUCAUGUUAAAUUGAGCUUUUAACGAAGUAUUACAAUAAUAAUUUAGAAUGGCACAGCCGACUUGAUUAUAGAGUUGUAAAGCAGGAAUCUUGUUGCCAAAAACUAUUUCUAGGAUAUUAAAUAUAAUGAAAUGAACUUUUUUGUUGUUAUUUUGGUUCAUUAUAAUGUCUUAUAUGAAAAGAGAGUAUAUAAUGUAUGUUUGUGUUAUGUUAUAUUUUAUUUUAUAAAUUUAUCUUACAAAUAAAAGUAUAUUUUUAUAUGAUUAUGUAUUUGUAGACGUACGACUAAAAGGCAGUUCAUUUCGUAUCACUAUCAGAUAAUAACAAGCUAUCAUGUUUUUUUCUAUAAAUAAUUCGUAACAUAUUUCACUGACAUAGUAUUGCUAUCCGUUAUUAUUCAAUAGAUAGUUCAUUUAAAAAAAGGUUCUACUUUGAAACUGGAAAGUUGAAUAUUUAUUCCCUUAAAUAAAAACAAAUGUAUUUUUUAAGAGUGAUAUGAUGUUACUUUAACUCCUAUAUUCAUUUGAAAUUUUUGACUCAACUUCAUCCUAUUGGUCCAUACCCAACAACAAACUUAUCAAUAGAUAUCAUUUCCAUUUCAUCCGUUUCCAUUGCAUAGCAUAGUCACAGUUUAAGAGUCGGCAGGACCGCCGGCUAUCUUGGAUUUUCUGCCCAUAACGGCAAUGUUAAUGGUUGAAGCAUAUUAUGGCAUUGUUUAUUUAGAUAAAAAAAAGUUGCAAAAUAUCUCAUUUUAAAGCUAUUGAAACUGAGAAUGUGAUUUGCUAUCUACUUUUAUAAUUUUAAUUGUUAUUAAUUUGCCAAUUUACAUUAAUAUAUUGACUUAAACUGUGAAUUUUUUCAUCCUCUAAAAUAUAAGUUUUUAAAAUCUGAAAAGCAAUUCACACAGAAAAUAUAUCACAUAACAAAAAAAUCAACAUUAAAAAAGAGCACUUACUAUUUUCUGCUCAGUAAUUAAGCUUACGGUGCAUGGUUAAUAUGAUUCAACGUGAACGCAUGUUUUUCCUGAUUGACACUCGGACAACCAUUGUUUUGCAUGGCAUCUGACGGUCAACAACAAAGCAAAAUUAUUAACUCCUGCCGACUCUUAAUGGAUCAUCUAUUCCAAAUGCUAAAGUGAACUUCAUUCCAGCAACCUUCAUAUUAUGUUCAUGACCAUCUAUUCCAAAUGCUACAGUGAACUGUAAAAAUUUUACAUUAUUGUAUAUUAUGUGAUAACUGAUGCCUCAGUAGCCUACUAUGCUUUGUUCGCGGGUAAGCUUUCUAUUUAUUUCAGUUAAAUAUAGUGUUUGCAAUCAGUUGUAUUAUGAGAAUAAUAUGCAUCUCAUUGUAUUAUGCGCUUUCACUGAUUUUUCACAUCCUAGAUCCUUUUACAAAAAAUGUAAAAUUUCCAAAGAAUUUUAAACCAUAUUUUAGGAAAGAAAAGGAACAGUUGUAAAGUAAUUUUUACUUUGCUCAUUGCCAAACUGUUGGAUAUGUGCCUAUUAAAGUCAUGGCUGUAAAUCAACUUCAUUCACAUUCAUUUUUUUCAAUUUCCCAAAAUCCUACCCUUUUUUCAACUCAUUUUUAUUGUCCUUUCAAAUAUAUUUUCAUACCUAUCGAUUAGAUAGUAAGAACCAUUGCAUUCCAAUAAAUCUUAUGAAUCUUUGAUUCCUGUAUUUUUAUGUUGUUUGUUGUUACGAAAUCAAAUUAUCAAUAAUAUGGUCUGUGUUACUUUGUGUAUUUAUAGUGAUUGUAAUAUGAAUUGUACAUUUUGUACACUAUAUUAAACAAUUAUAUAAAUUUA